AUGGUUGAUGUAUGCACAAGAUAUUGCGUACUUAGACCUCUGCCAAAUAAGCAGUCUGAUACUAUUGUCAAAACCUUGAUCCAAGUGUUUGGCGACUACGGCUUUCCGAGAUACUUGCAAUCGGACAAUGGCACUGAAUUUGUGAAUCAGCUUGUAGAGAAAUUGGCACAAGCAACUGGCUUUGACCAUAGAUUGGCAACUCCUUAUCACCCAUGA